AAGGAAGUCUCCAAUCAGCGGCGACGAACGGAGUAAUUGGGAGGGGCGAGGGGCGUGGCCUCUCAACCUCGCGUCAACGACCAAAAGGGAAGAGGGAAGACGAAACCCCCUCAAAAUCUAGACGGUCCCGAGGCGUGGCAGGUUCGAAUCCCGCCUCCCCAUUUCCCCCGCCUCGUUGUGAGGGGCCUGAGGUAAAUUAAUAACGAUAGUUUAAAAGGAAUUUGCCAGGAGGGAGCCGUUGGUGAGGAAAACCUAUGACUGUAUUAUUAUUAUCAUUCCAGGAAGUGAGAGUUCCCUAUCCCAUAAUACGCCCCUCGACCCUCGCGCAGCCCGCCAAUCUCCCCUAUAAUGGGAUGGCUUAAGGUACCUGUGUCAAAAAAACGGGGUGGGGGGGCUCAAAGAAAAUGGGGUGAGGGGAACUCAAAUCCCCUCCCUAAUAAUAAUAAUAAUAAUAAUAAUAAUAAUGUCAUACUAUACCUCGGGGGGGAAAUACCACGAGUAUCCUAAACUUCCUCCAACAUCCUGGUAUGUCAUAGUAAUAGUAAUAAUAAUAAUAAUAAUAAUAAUGUAUUAUUUAUACCCCACCCAUCUGGCUGGGCUUCCCCAGCCACUCUGGGCGGCUUCCAAAAAAAUAUUAAAAUACUGUAAUACAUCAAACAUUAAACGCUUCCCUAAACAGGUCUGCCUUCAGGUGUCUUCUAAAAGUCUGGUAGUUGUUGUUCUCUUUGACAUCUGGUGGGAGGGCGUUCCACAGGGCAGGCGCCACCACUGACAAAGCCCUCUGCCUGGUUCCCCGUGACUUGGCUUCUCGCAGGGAGGGAACCGCCAGAAGGCCCUCAGGAGAUGGACCCAGGUGUCUGGGCUGAGUGAUGGGGGUGGAGACGCUCCUUCAGGUCUACUGGACCGAGGCCGUUUAUUAUUAUUAUUAUUAUUAUUAUUAUUAAUUAGAUUUAGUAUUGUUGUUGUUGUUGUUUAGUGGUGUCCGCCUCUUUGUGACCCAUGGACCAGAGCACGCCAGGCCCUCCUGUCUUCCACUGCCUCCCGCAGUUUGGUCAAACUCAUGCUGGCAGCUUCGAGAACACUGUCCCACCAUCUCGUCCUCUGUCUUCCCCUUCUCCUUGUGCCCUCCAUCUUUCCCAACAUCAGGGUCUUUUCCAGGGAGUCUUCUCUUCUCCUGAGGUGGCCAAAGUCUUGGAGCCUCAGCUUCAGGAUCUGUCCUUCCAGUGAGCACUCAGGGCUGAUUUCCUUCCGAAUGGAGAGGUUUGAUCUUCUUGCAGUCCAUGGGACUCUCAAGAGUCUCCUCCAGCACCAGAAUUCAAAAGCAUCAAUUUUUCGGUGAUCAGCCUUCUUGAUGGUCCAGCUCUCACCAUACAUCACUGCUGGAAAAACCAUAGACUGAACUAUACGGACCUUUGUCGGCAAGGAUUGUCCUAAUACAUAUACUUUUGUUGUUGUUUAGUCAUUUAGUCGUUUCCGACUCUUCGCGACCCCCUGAACCAGAGCACGCCAGGCCCUCCUGUCUUCCACUGCCUCCCGCAGUUUGGUCAAACUCAUGCUGGUCACUUCAAGAACACUGUCCCACCAUCUCGUCCUCUGUCGUCCCCUUCUCCUUGUGCCCUCCAUCUUUCCCAACAUCAGGGUCUUUCCCAGGGAGUCUUCUCUUCUCAUGAGGUGGCCAAAGUCUUGGAGCCUCAGCUUCAAGAUCCAUAGCUUUAACUAUACGGACUUUGGCAGCAAAGUGAAGUCUCUGCUUUUUAAGAUGUUGUCUAGGUUUGUCAUCGCUUUUCUCCCAAAAAGCAGGCGUCUUUUAAUUUCAUGACUGCUGUCACCAUCUGCAGAAUGGAGAUUUAUUAUUAUUUAUUUAAUUUCUAUUUAAUUUCUAUACUGUUUCGAAGAAAAAAUCUCAAAGCGGUUUACAGCAUAUCAAAUCAAUAAAGCAUAAAUAAAAUUUAUGUUUAUAUAUACAGUAUAUGUGUGUGUACAGAGAGAGAGAGUUUUUAUGAAAUUUUCUGUUUUACCAUUUUUAAGUAAUGUACUCAUUUUUACAUCCUUAUGAUAACGACUUCCCUUCUUCUCUUUCCAUUGUUCAUUUUACAUAUCUCUACAUAUUUUGUAGAAACUAUACCAUUCGGUUUUCCAUUAUUCCAUCCAUCAAAACUUAUUUACACUGUUGGAUUUAUCUUAAUGCUGCCAGCGUUUUCAGAUGCAUAGAUUGUUAUUUAUUAUUUGUAUACCGCCCUUAAUCGGUUCAUGGAAUAAAAAACCAGUCGAAGGCGCUUUAUUGCGCUGGUGGGAGAUAUUUGGGUUCCUUUAUUACUGAUAUUAUUAUUAUUAUUACUGAUAUUAUAUUCCUUUAUUACUGAUAUUAUUAUUAUGAGCUUUGAUGAGAGUCUUGAUGUGAGUACAGGACACUGGGCUGGCCUGAUCCAGUUACGCUCUUCUUAGGUUCUUCAUUGGACGAGGCUGCUUUUCACAGUAUCGGAGAGUCGGAAGGCACUCCAAGCGUCGCCUAGCCCCUGCAAUGCAGGAAUCGCCGUUUUACAAGCGAAGGUGCAGUAAUGGGAUAUUUUGUCUUUUCAGAUCCUUGAACCCUGGCGGUCACCAGCCCUCACCUCAAAUCCUCGCUUGCCCGCUAUCCUCCAUGAACGGCAACCAUGAAGAAGGCAAAGUACAUCCUUUGCACGUGGAAGAAGCGGUGGUGGCCUGCAAAGGUGAUACUCAUUUGAACAUCUCGGGACCUUUUUAUCUCCUUUCUGUUUGCUUUGCUCCCCAUCUCUACCAGUGGCUGCUAUGGGAAGGCGAUCAGUAUAUCUGAAGGAGCGUCUCCACCCCCAUCGUUCUACCCAGACGCUGAGGUCCAGCACCGAGGGCCUUCUGGCGGUUCCCUCACUGCAAGAAGCCAAGUUACAGAGAACCAGGCAGAGGGCCUUCUCGGUGGUGGUGCCCGCCCUGUGGAACGCCCUCCCACCAGAUGUCAAAGAGAAUAACAACAACCAGACUUUUAGAAGACACCUGAAGGCAGCCCUGCUUAGGGGAAGCUUUUAAUGUUUGAUGUAUUAUAGUAUUUUAAUAUUUUUUUGGAAGCCGCCCAGAGUGGCUGGGGAAGCCCAGCCAGAUGGGCGGGGUAUAAAUAAUAAAUUAUUAUUAUUAUUAUUAUUACUAUUACUAUGCCAUACCAGGAUGUUGGAGGAAGUUUAGGAUACUCGUGGUAUUUCCCCCCGAGGUAUAGCACGGGGUCUCUGGCAGCAUUGAUGGGUUGUCCCACCAGCAGGCCUCCCUCCCCACUUGGAUCGGGACCCAAGCAGCUUCCUGCAGCCCCUCAGCCAAUUUAUUUAUUUAAAGGUGUUUAUUUAUUUAAAGGUGAACCUGCUUUUGCCAACUGGGGCUCCUUCAGGAGGAAGGGCAAGUUAUAAUUCAAUAAAUAAAAAAAAUCGGAUAUGUCUCUUCUUCUUAUCUAUUAUCUAUUAUUUAUCGAAUUUAUAUACCGCCCUAUACCCAGAGGUCUCAUGGCGGUUCACAGAAAAGGAAAGGAGUAAGAGAAAAAUAUUAAGACUGAAAUCCUAAGCACGUUUAUUUGGAAGUAAAUUCCACGCAAAUAAAUGUGGAAUAUCAGCAUUAAAUGCACUGUAUCCUACAGGUCACUGCAGUGGAGUUGAAAUUAGCUUGGGCGCAAAUUGUAACAGCGAUGACAGUAGCGCAAAGAAAAAGAACACAACUUAUGUUUUCGCUUGCAUGUUAGGCCGGGAUCACUGUUUUUAAAAAUCCACAAUUUUCAAACAGACGCAUAGGCACCAUUCUGUGACCCCCAUCACUAUUCCAGAAUUAAAUGUCCACUUUACUAUUUCAAGUGAUAAGAUUACUUAAAGUGAAGGAAAUUAUUAACCUUUAUUAUUAUUAUUAUUAUUAUUAUUAGUGCGACCUACAUCUUUUUCUUGUCUUUACACCGUUCUGUUUUGUUGAGACCUGCCCUGUGGGACCUUAACGUUAAGAAAUCUCACAAGCGUACGUUGCGUUCCUGCAUCCUUCAGGUUUUGUCCGCCGGCCGGACUUCCAGAAGGCGACAAGAUCCGAAGAGCACACCGACAACCCUUCUGGUUGAAAUUCUCUGCCUGAAUAAACAGUUAAGUUGCACGUCCAGCAUCUCAAGCUCCCUUGUUGAAGUUGACGCUGCUGGACGGGACCACGGUAUGGUGGGGGUAGGGACGUGGGUUGCGCUGUGGUCUAAACCACUGAGCCUCUUGGGCUUGCCGAUUGGAAGGUCGGCGAUUCGAAUCCCUGCGCUGGGGUGAGCUCCUGUUGUUCUGUCCCAGCUCCUGCCAACCUAGCAGUUUGAAAGCACACCAGCGGAAGUAGAUAAAUAGGUAUCGCUGCGGCGGGAAGGUAAACGGCAUUUCCAUGCGCUCUGGUUUCUGUCACGGUGUCCCAUUGGUUUAGUCCUGCUGCCCACAUGAUGUGGAAAGCUGUCUGCAGACAAACACUGGCUCCCUCAGCCUGAAAGCGAGAUGAGCGCCACAAUCCCACAGUCGCCUUUGACUGAACUUAACCGUCCAGGGGUACUUUACCUUUACCUUAUGGUGGGGGUGUUUAACUGCUUUCUCUCACUUCUUAAAAGGAUUGUUGUGCGCCACGCAGACGUCAAACCUUUGCAGGAGGAGGACAUCAACAGCAUCGCCUCUCGGUUAGGUGGCCAACCCGACGCCUCAGAAGGUAUUUCCCGGGGCACAACCUGAGCACAAGAGCCUUCUCUCCUCCCUUGUCUUCCAGCGACUGGGAUCCAGAAUUAUUUGAUAACGAUGAUGAUGAUUUAUUAGAUUUAUAUACAGUGGCACCUUGGUUCUCGAACAUGCUACGUUAUGGAAGUUGGAAAACCAAAGCGCAGCUUCCGAUUCGCACAAGUGCCCCAGGAACAAUAGGCGACAGCCGCAUCAGACGUUCGGCUUCCAAAAAAAGUUCACAAACCAAAGCAUUUACUUCCGAGUUUGUGGCGUUCAGGUUCCGAUUUGAUCGUCAGCUAAGCCGUUUGAGAACCAAGGUUCCACUGUACCACCCUUCAUAAAAAGAUCUCGGGGCAGUUAACAACACAAGUGAGCAACACGAAUAAAUAGUUAAAGCAGGGGGGAAACCAAUAACACCUCCUUCCCAAAAACACAUUUAAAAGGCUGUAUAAUAGUAAUCAGGGACGCGGGUGGCGCUGUGGGUUAAACCACAGAACCUAGGACUUGCCGAUCGGAAGGUCGGAGGUUCGAAUCCCCAUGAUGGGGUGAGCUCCCGUUGCUCGGUCCCUGCUCCUGCCAACCUAGCAGUUCGAAAGCACAUCAAAGUGCAAGUAGAUAAAUAGGUACCACUCCGGCGGGAAGGUAAACGGCGUUUCCGUGCGCUGCUCUGGUUCGCCAGAAGCGGCUUAGUCCUGCUGGCCACAUGACCCGGAAGCUGUACGCCGGCUCCCUCAGCCAGUAAAGCGAGAUGAGCGCCGCAACCCCAGAGUCGGCCACGACUGGACCUCAUGGUCAGGGGUCCCUUUACCUUUUACCUUUAUAAUAGUAAUCAGCCCAAGGCCUGGUUGAAGAGAAACUUUUCUGCCUGCUGUCUAAAAAUAUACAAGGAGAUGGGCUUCAGAAGCCUGUGUAUAGUGGUACCUCAGUUGUCGAAUGUAAUCUGUUCUGGAAGACCGCUCGACUUCCGAAACGUCUUGACAACUGAGGCCCAAAGGGGGGUCGGCAAAGUCAGUGGAGAAAACUGAAAAAACCCGCAGCGGCAGCCGUUCGACUUCCGAGGCACGUUUGAAAACAGAAGCAUUUACUUCCGGGUUUUCGGCGUUUAGAGAGUGAAACGUCCCAUUGUGCCAGAAGCGGUUUAGUCCUGAUGGCCACAUGACCCGGAAAGCUGUCUGCGGACAAACGCCGGCUCCCUCGGCCUGAAAGCGAGAUGAGCGCCACAACCCCAUAGUCGCCUUUGACUGGACUUAACCAUCCAGGGGUCCUUUACCUUUACCUUCUACCAAGGGUGGGGGCUAUUGGCCCUUUGGGCAUAGCCAAGCUGGAGGUCCAAUCCCUGUAGCUAUCCAGCGAGGAGGGGAGGAAAAUCGCUGCAAAUCUCUCCCCUAGUGUUUCCAUCUGGUUACGAUGGUCUCGUUUGUAUGCCGCCCUUUCCCUCUGCAAGCAGCUCAGAGAGAAAUGACACAGGGGUGGCCGGGGUGGGGGUAGUUGAGGGCAAACUCAGCUUCUGAGUCUUUCGACUGAAUUAUUGUAACUUGCUCUACGUGGGGCUGCCCUUGCGACUGACCCAGAAACUCCAGCGGGUGCAGAAUGCCGUGGCGAGACUCCUUACAGGGUCCUCGCCACGGGAUCACAUUCACCCAGUGCUAUACCAGCUGCACUGGCUCCCGGUGGAGUACAGGAUCAGGUUUAAGGUACUGGUUUUAACCUUUAAAACCCUAUGCAACCUAGGAUCCUCGUACCUACGGGACCGCCUCUCCUGGUAUGUCCCACGGAGGACAUCUUGGAGGUCCUGGGCCACAGAGAGGUUAGGCUGGCCUCAACCAGAGCCAGGGCUUUUUCGGCUGUGGCUCUGAUCUGGUGGAACACUCUGUCCCAAGAGACUAGGGCCCUGCAGGACUUGACAUCUUUCCGCAGGGCCUGCAAGACAGAACUGUUCCACCAGGCUUUUAGCCAGGGCACAGCCUGACCCCCUCCUUUGGCAAUCCUCACAGAACUCCAGCCCAAUGGUUGCCAUGAAUCUGAUAUGAACUGAUUUUAUAAUGAAACGAUUUUAGAAUGUUGUAUCAUUUUACUGUUGUUAGCCGCUCUGAGCCCGGCUUCGGCUGGGGAGGGCGGGAUAGAAAUAAAAUUUUAUUAUUUAUUAUUAUUAUUAUCUCAACAGGUCAGAGCAAGAAAAACCGCAAAGCCAUAGAUGAGCUGAUCUACCGGCAUGCUCUGCGGAAAGCCCUGGAUAUCCUGAGCGGAAACUCCGUCUCACCCAAGGGGCGGAAAGGAAAAGCAUCACCCCAGAAGGUCACCCCCGCCGGAGCGUCACCGGGGCGUCCGGCUAAGUGUCGCCAGCUCCAGUCUUCAAGGGACCCGCACGAGGGAGAAAGCAGGGAGAGUACCGUCGCGUGUUGCCUCGGCUCCAAGGCAUCUCCCAUCUCUAAACCACAACACUUUGGGGAGGCAGCUGGCCAGAACUGCUCCUUUUCCGAAGCAGCAAUGACCGUAACUCCCCAGAAACAGCAGGAACCGUCGCCCAAAUCUGACGCAGGCCGGAGGCAGCUGCGGUCCUUUAAGGAGAGGGGCGAGGGGCGCUGCCAGUCUCGGGGCAGGUCUGGCAAGGGCAGCGGCUUCCCCUCCCCAAACAGAACGAGCACCCCGGCGGCCGCCUCUCGAAAGCCCCGGCCCAGGUUCACCAAGUCGGGCGCGGGGCCCGGGGUGCGGAAGAAACUGCUGGGCUCCCCCGCCAGGUGCGUUUCAUCUGAACCAGCCAGGGAAGAGGAAGGAGGGAGAUACAGCAGAGGCCCCAAUGGCAGCAGGCGCCCGAAGGGAACGCGGCGGAAACGGAGUCGAGGAAGGAGUUGUCCAGGGGACUUGAACUCCUCUGCAGAGUCUCUUUCAGGAGGCAAGGCGGGGCAGAGGCAGGAUGCGUCCUUCAGCGUGAAACAGUUCCAGCUUCUGGAUUCUGAAGACGAAGAAGGUAGCUUGCAUGCUUUGGCAGGGUGGAGGAAGGUGUUUGUGUGUUUGUAGUAAUGCUCCGGCCACGCGCCCCUCCCUCACCUGUCCUUACCAUCCAGCUGGAUCAGGUUUAGAGAAACGGCGACCGGCAGCAUAUACUUUUUUACAGGACAAAACGCAUCAAAAAAGGUAUCGCAUGUUUUGCUCUAUAAGACUCACUUUUUCCCUCCUAAAAAGUAAGGGGGAAUGUGUGUGCGUCUUACGGAGCGAAUGCAGGCUGCACAGCUAUCCCAGAAGCCAGAACAGCAAGAGGGAUUGCAGCUUUCACUGCGCAGCGAUCCCUCUUGCUGUUCUGGUUUCUGAGAUUCAGAAUAUUUUUUUUUCUUGUUUUCCUCCUCCAAAAACUAGGUGCGUCUUGUGGUCUGGUGUGUCUUAUAGAGUGAAAAAUACGGUAGUUGCUGCCACCACUCGCCUGUACCAGGGCACCAGAAGACAUAACCCAAGGGAGAAGGUUAUACUUCCUAGUUACCGGCUGCCCCACCCCGCAAAUUGUUUCCACAAAAUGCGGGCAGAAAUUCAACAGAUGUAACGGAACUCAGACCCAAUCACAAUUCUUGAUUAUGUUUAAAUUCACCAGUGGUCAGCUAGUUGGCUAAUAAUUAUAACUUGUGACAGCUGAGCUCGUUAGUUCCCAGGACUUUGGAUCAAAGAGUUCCUCCCUUCCUCAGACAUUUACCAGCUACACAUUCCCAGAGUGAUUAGGGUGGAUAACAACACUAUUUGGGUGUGAAUGAGUUAGGUACCAGGUGUCAGAGGACCACUAAUCAAGCUGGAAAAGUUCCUUCCUGAGAUAAGCAACUUCACACAUUUGGAGACUGUUAGUCUGCAGUGUUAAAGCAACAAGAACCCAUUCCCCAUAAAUCUUAUGGCUUUUGAACUUCCCAUAAUACUUUGCUGCUUACUUGACCAAAGUUUGGUCUAUUGAAAUUUCCUAACUUCGCUACAGUGCUGGAAUGGCGUUGAUCCUAGAAUCAAAGAAUUGUAGAGUUGGGAAGGGACCACGGUCAUCCUCUACUCCAACCCUCUGCAAUGCAGUAAUCUUUUGCCCAGGGUGGGACUCGAACCCACAACCCUGUUGAUUUAACAAUAAUAAUAGUUUUUAUUUAUACCCCGCCCUCCCCAGCCAAGGCCGGGCUCAGGGCGGCUAACAAGCAAUAAUAAAAACAAAUUGAGUGAAUACAACUUUAAAACAAGAUUAAAUACAACAAUUAAAAUAUUGAAAUAUUAAAAUGCAGCCUCAUCACAGGAGGAGAAAGGAAAAAGAAAGAGGGGGAGGGAAUCAAAUUGGCUCCAAGCCAAAGGCCAGGCGGAACAACUCUGUCUUACAGGCCCUGCGGAAAGAAGUCAGAUCCUGCAGGGCCCUGGUCUCAUGAGGCAGAGCGUUCCACCAGGCCGGAGCCACUGUUGAAAAGGCCCUGGGCUCUGGUUGAAGCUAAUCUAACUUCCUUAGGGCCCAGGACCACUAGGGUGUUGCUAUUUAUGGACCUUGAGGCUCUCCAUGGGGCAUACCGGGAGAGGCGGUCCCAUAGAGUCUCAUGCUCCACCAACUGAGCUGUCUCUCAGGCCAGGAGAGAAUUCACCAGAAUUCAAAAGCAUCAAUUCUUCGGCGAUCAGCCUUCUUUCUGGUCCAGCUCUCACUUCCAUACAUCACUACUGGGAAAACCAUAGCUUGAACUAUACGGACCUUUGUUGGCAAGGUGAUGAAGAUCUCAGUACUCUGUAGUAAAAGCUGAAAUUGAUUAAUGCCUUUUCCUUUGACAGGAUUCGCACCUGCCUCUUCCCUGCGGCUUAGCCCCAUCGGGAGGUACAGUCACAGCCCAGCUUCCAGGGACGAUGAGGAUGAGGAACUCCCCAGCAUCCUCUUGCACCCAGGUGAGGCCCGUUCUCCAUCUUUCGGCACGGCCCAGUUGCACCGGCGUUUUUCCCGAGCCCAAUCUUAACCUUUUAAAGCAGGCGUGGGGAGCGUUUGGCCUUUGGCCGCUAACCCUGUGAGGUAGGUCAGGCUGUAAGGUGGCGAUUGGCAAGGUUCACGCCUAGGGAGCUUAAUGCGGCCGAGCGGGGAUUUGAACCGUGGUCUUUCUCAGGUCCUAGUCCAGCAAUGAAUGAAUGAAUGAAUCUUUAUUUGUGUCGGCCAUAGCAAUAAAUCAACAAUGUUGUUGUUGUUUAGUCGUUUAGUCGUGUCCGCCUCUUCGUGACCCCCUGGACCAGAACACGCCAGGCACUCCUGUCUUCCACUGCCUCCCGCAGUUUGGUCAGACUCAUGUUUGUAGCUGCGAGAACACUGUCCCACCAUCUCGUCCUCCGUCGUCCCCUUCUCCUUGUGCCCUCCAUCUUUCCCAACAUCAGGGUCUUUUCCAGGGAGUCUUCUCUUCUCAUGAGGUGGCCAAAGUAUUGGAGCCUCAGCUUCAGGAUCUGUCCUUCCAGUGAGCAGUCAGGGCUGAUUUCCUUAAGAAUGGAGAGGUGUGAUCUUCUUGCAGUCCAUGGGACCCUCAAGAGUCUCCUCCAGCACCAUAAUUCAUAAUGUUCAGAAACCAAGGCGCAGCUUCUGAUUGGCGCAGGUGCCCCAGAAACAAUAGCCAACAGCAGCAGCGGGCGCUCAGCGUUCGAAGAACGUUUCCGGAAACCCUAAAUGUCUCAGAAACCAAGCAGCUUGAUUGGCAGGUGCUCCGUGAAACAAUAGCCAACAGCAGCAGCGGACGUUAGCUCCGGGUCCUGAAACUGAACACGCAGCUUCUGAUUAGGCGCGCAGGUGCCCCAGAGCAAUAGCCAGCAGCAGCGGCGGACGUUGGCUCGAAAAACCGUUUGAAAACCGGAACUUAAUUCCAGGUUUUCUGUGUGUUGAGUGAGAAGUGAAGCUACAGGGAACCAGGCAGAGGGCCUUCUCGGUGGUGGCGCCCGCCCUGUGGAAUGCCCUCCCAUCAGAUGUCAAGGAAAUAAACAACUACCUGACUUUUAGAAGACAUCUGAAGGCAGCCCUAUUUUGGGAAGUUUUUAAUAUUUGAUGUUUUAUUUUUAAUAUCCUGUUGUGAGCUGCCCAGAGUGACUGGAGAAACCCAGCCAGAUGAGUGGGGUAUAAAUAAUAAAUUACUAUUACUAUUACACCUUUCUCUCCACUGAGCACAAGGUGGUACACCUUCUUUAAUCCUCACAACAACCCUGUGAGGUAGGCCAGCCUGAGAGGCAUAGCUGUCAAGUGUCCCUUAUUUGGAGGGACAGUCCCUUAUCCCAGCGCUGUGUCCCGCUGCUGUCCCUUAUUGAUGAUGUCCCUUCAAUUUCCCGGGUUUCAAAGGAAGCAGCUCCUCUCCCUCCCUCCCUGCUGGCCAGGGAGGAGGGAGGCUCCAACUGUGUUGCUUGGCUGCGUUGCUCACCCAAUAAGGAGCCUAAGAACGACUGGGGGGGUGGAGCUUGCAUGCCUUGUGCCAAUCAAAUCGGCCGUCUUGCCUGGGGACUCGCCUUUGCUCAGCGCUUCCCAGCGGAGAGGUGACGGUGGUUUUCCUUGCUGCAUCCCCUUUGCCGGGUUGCUGAGCUGUGGGAACCACCGCUUGAGGCUUCGUUUGGCUGCUGGCUGGGUAUAAUGGUAUGGGGUUGCUCGUGCGUAAGAUGCCGCCUCUCCUGGCUAUGUUGCCUUGUUAAACCUUUCUGUCUGGACAGCCCUUCAAUUCGUGGCUGCCUCAGUCGCUAGCAGAAUCCGUCAGUGGGUGUUUCUUAAACCUUUUCCAACAUAAAAGUUGUUUGACACCCAGUCUCCUCCUCCUUUCUCUGCGCGGAAGUCUUCUGCACAGGGAGGGCGUGGGUAGCGGAGGACCAGUGCUCUCCCCGCUGGUGGCCGGUGAAGAGUCUGGGAGCCCUCUCUCCGAUUCCCCCAUCUGCCCCUCCUUAUUCCUGGUGUUGCACUGAAUUGCUUCCCCAUCUGCUGAGCUGCCUCUCUCCCUGCUGGGCCCUUCUCCAGCAUCAUUAGAGAGCCUCCCCUCCACCUCUAGCUCCGAUGUCAGUUCCCUGACACUGGGCUUUCUGCCUUUGGCUCAGAGGGGCUCAGAAGUCGAACAUACCUGUGCUCUGAAAAUCCCUUAUUUUGGCUGCUGGCCCCUUAUUUUCGAGGCUGCUGGUCCCUUAUUUUCAAAUCUGUGGUUGACCCCCACAGUCACACCCAGCAAUCUCCAUGGCCCAGUGGAGUUCCGAACCCGUCUCCCAGGUCCUAGUCCGAUACUCUAACCACUACACCACACUGCCUUAACCCGGAAGGGAAGGGAAAUUCCCCGUUCCGGCCUCAACCUCUGUUUCCGUUCUGCCUUUAGAGCCCUGUACCAUCAAAGCCGGGAUGCUGGUUUGGUGCCGGAUGCCCAGACAACCCUUUUGGCCAGCAGUGGUAAGAAUGAAAACGUUCUGUCUUGUUGCGUCUUUGUGGAAGGGGACUGUUCUCCCGGCCUUCCUGCAAGGGGAUGGGGUAGGCAUGAAACUGGAGUUUCCUCUUCCCAACAGGUGAAAAGAGUGCAGCAGAAAGCCAGGAAGGCCAACGUCAUCCUCAUCCAGGACACUUUGAGCAUGAAAUCCAAAGGGUAAGUGCAGCUUAAAUGCAGUCCCGGUCUGGCUUCCGAUCACCCAUUGGCUGAGCUGCUCUGAUGCCCGGCAUGUUCACAGAGCUUUCUCUAAACUGCUCCUACAGGCAACGGCAGAAAAAAACCAACUUAUUUCUGCUCUGCUUUCUCAGCAAGGAGUGUUGGGUGCGUGUUGGGUGUAGGUCUGAAUUCGAAACCCUUCUCGCCCAUUGCUGAAUAAAUAAUAAUCAUAAUAAAAUUUUAUUUAUAUCUCGCCCUCCCCAGCCGAAGCCGGGCUCAGAGCGGCUAACAACAGUAAAAUGAUACAACAUUCUAAAAACAUUUCAUUAUAAAACCAGUUCAAAUCAGAUUCAUGGCAACCAUUGGGCUAGAGAUCUGUGAGGAUUGCCAAAGGAGGGGGUCAGGCUGUGCCUUGGCCAAAGGCCUGGUGGAACAGCUCUGUCUUGCAGGCCCUGCAGAAAGAUGUCAAGUCCCACAGGGCCCUGGUCUCUUGGGACAGAGCGUUCCACCAGAACGGAGCCACAGCCGAAAAAGCCCUGGUUCUGGUUGAGGCCAGCCUAACCUCUCUGUGGCCUGGGACCUUCAAGAUGUUUUUAUUUGAAGACCGUAAGGUCCUCCGAGGGACAUACCAGGAGAGGCGGCCCCAUAGGUACGAGGGACCUAGGCCGUAUAGGGCUUUAAGGGUUAAAACCAGCACCUGAAACCUGAUCCUGUACUCCACCGGGAGCCAAUAAUUUUUGGACUUGUUUAGUCGUGUCCGACUCUUCGUGACCCCAUGGACCAGAGCCCGCCAGACUUCGAGAACACUGUCCAUCCACCAUUAUUAUUAACAACGCUGUGCUUGGGCCUUUGGAGGGAUCUCUCCCCUUUGUUGUUGUUGUUUAGUCGUGUCCGCCUCUUCGUGACCCCCUGGACCAGAGCACACCAGGCACUCCUGUCUUCCACUGCCUCCCGCAGUUUGGUCAAACUCAUGCUGGUAGCUUCGAGAACACUGUCCCACCAUCUUGUCCUCUGUCGUCCCCUUCUCCUUGUUCCCCUCCAGGGACUGGUGGGGGUGAUUUUUAGAGAACCAAAGGGGGAGAGCCCCCCAAAAAUGUUGGGGAACCACUGACUAAAACGCUUUGCUUCUCUCCAGUAUCUAGCCAUCUGUGUUCUUGCGGCCGUCAGUAAGAUUUUUCUACUUGCUAACCCAUCGUAUCCCUUUCCCUUUCCCUCCGCCUUCCCCCUGCAGCUUCUGCACCUCGUUCAGAAACCUGAAACACUACGAAUGCAAGGAGAAGGGAAAACUGAUAGUAAGUUUUAAACGGCAAAGGUGUGAGCUUCUUUUUUUUUUAUAUGAUUUUUAUUAAUUUACCAAUAAAAACAAAUUUAUAUCAUUAAACAUCAAAAACUCAUCGCACAUCUUUUUUUUUCUUUUAGACUUCCAUCAGCCUGUCUGAUAAAUUUCCGUAAUUAUCACAAAUCUUCACAUUUCUUAAUUUAUAUUGCACUAUAUAUAUCUUAUCUUACCAUGUUGUUUAAACAAUAUUUCUACCAAAUCUUCUUACAGAGCUUCUUGAAAACUUACAAACGUUAUAUCAUUAUCACAAAUAUUUUUAAUAUAUUCUGUAAAUUUACUCCAGUCCUCAGUGAAUCUUUGGUCUCGUCGGUUGUGAAUCCUCCCUGUCAAUCUGUCCAGUUCCGCGUAAUCCAUUAAUUUCGAUCUCCAUUCUUCAAUCGUAGGCAUUUCUUCUUGUUCCCAUUUCUGGGCCAAAAGAGUUCUAGCUGCUGUUAUCGCAUACAGAAAUACUUUCUGAUCGUUCCUUUUUAUUUCACCACCUAAAAUUCCUAAUAGAAAUGCUUCUGGUUUUUUUUAACAAAUGUAUAUUUCAGUAUUUUCUUUAUCUCAUUAUAUAUCAUUUCCCAGAAGCACUUCAUUUUUUUUACAUUCCCACCACAUAUGAUAAAAUGUCCCUUCUUUCUCCUUACAUUUCCAACAUUUAUUACUCACCUUAUACAUCUUACUUAAUUUAACUGGUGUUAUAUACCAUCAAUAUAUCAUUUUCAUAACAAAAGGUGUGAGCUUCUUGGGGGGGGGGCGCGUGAUCCUUGGUUUCUGCUCUGCAUUUGUGUCUUCCACAAAAAGCACUGCUUGUGUUCCCCAGGGGAGAUAAUAUUCUGUUUCUUUUCCUGUUUUGCUAUGACUUUGCCCCCAGGCCAGAGCCAAAGAGAGUCACCCCCACGAUAUCGACUGGUGCAUCAAGUUGAUAACAGACUACCUAGUUCGAGUAGGUAAGCUUAGCCAGCGGAGUGGGGAUGGGGGGUGAGGAGUGUCUUCUCUUUCCAGUAGCAAAAGAUCUCUGUAUUCUGUUUCUUCCUGUGCUGGUCCCAUGGGUUACCCGAGAGGCGAGGUCCAAGUCCUGUCCGUGGGCAAAGGUGCAACGUGGAGGCAGUCCGUAGUUGCUGAAGUUGGGUGCAGGGCAGGGAGUCGGCUGAAGUCAGGAACAGGCUUGCAAGCAGGGAGCCAGGGCAGGGCAGGAGCUCAGGCAGAAAAGCAGGACAGGGUUCAGGCAGGAACUAGCAACCAACAAUGUUGCUCCCGCAACUUGGGACUGGGGCUGGCUUGCUUUUAUCUGCCCUGAGGCAUAGGGCAGCCCCGAUCCUCUGGUGACUCGCCUCUCCUGGCCUGGAGGCGAGCCCUCCUCCUGCGGGAACUUAGUUCCCUCCGCCUCUCUGCCCUGAGCCUCUGCAGCUCAGGAGAGGCUGGAGGGUUACCGGACCCAGAGGCAACCUCAGCUUCCUCUGCCGGGGCUGAGAGUGGAGCACCUGCAGGCAAUGGGUCCUCCAUCACCUCAGGAACCAGAGCAGACUCACCUGAGGAUCCAGCACAGGUGAGGACCCUUCAGGCUCAUGCCCCAGCCCCAGCCCCGGCUCAGCUGGUUCUGGAGGCGGGGAAUCCUGUGCAGGCUGGGAUCCCUCAGGUUCAGCAUCCGAGUCUGAAUCCCAGGCCAUCACACUUCCUGUCUGCAGCUCCAUGUCUUUCUUUUUAUUUGUUUCGUAAAGCCCCCUAUACCUCUUGAUUGUGUAAAAUCCGCCGCAGAGGCGCCGCACAAAAGGAAAGGGAAGCUGGGAGGGAGGAGGAAGAAAGCAAGCUCUUGUAAUGGCCAGGUUGGGGGAGUUCAAGGGGAGGAGGAGAUGGAAGGAGAUACUCUCUCAGCAGAGCCAAUGAAGCCACAUGACAGACCCAUCUCUCUUCCCUUCCUCCCUCCCCACUGAAUAGCCUUGUGGCUGUCGGCAAGUAAAUAAGAGUUUAUUGUACAGUGGUACCUCGGUUUUCAAGCGUCUCGGAAGCCAAACGUUUUGGUUUUCAAACGCCGAAAACCCGGAAGUAAUUGCUUCCAUUUUUGAACGCACCUUGGAAGCCGAACCACUUCCGCUGCAUCUUUUUCAAUUUUUCCAGUUGAACUUGCAGCCAGCCCUUUGCGCCUCGGUUUCCAAACGUUUUGGAAGUCGAACGGUCUUCCGGAACGGAUUACGUUCGAGAACCAAGGUACCACUGUACUAGCCCAAAGGCCAUGACGAAACCGUACAAACGCCAUCAGAAGAAAAUAUAUACUGUACGAAUAAGCCAUCAGAACCAUAUAUUGCAAGGGAGACUGUAAAGGGAAACCUGGUGGCGUUUGGUAAUGUUAGAGUGUGACAAAGAGACAGUGCAGAAGUUCACUCAAUGUAUGACCACUCAAGCCUUGCUUUUAAAUCCAUGGUCGGCUUGGGAACAAAGUUCUGCGACGGCGUGACGUAACUUGAAAUCUCCAAAAUGGGAUUUAGUCGAGAAACCUUCCUCUUCUCUUCCUGUCCCCAGGCUGCGAAUCUUUCAUGGGGUCCUUCCUGGAGUAUUACGCCCACGAGAUGAGUGAGUAGUUCAUUGCCUAUUAAAACGCGCUGCUUUGAUUAAGUUUCCUAAGGAAGGAACAAAAUCAAAGAAGGUUCCCUUUGCAUGUACACACACAGCCAAGACCUCACUGUCUCCCAAUUUUUGUUUUUUUAAAAGUUCCUUUGGGGGAUUGGGGGUCUGUGGCUUCUUGGGACGUGGAUCUGCAGUAGGUGUUUUCCUUCUGGGGCAGUGAGACAAGUCCUAGCCAUUGUCAGUCUCCUCUCCUGCAAAAUGGGUAUUGUGCACGCGUUUCUUCUCCAUAGCGUGUCCCUUCCUGUCCAGUUUUGAUGUUUCACCAGAGGGAUGGGGAGGAAGGAACAUAAUAUUUGGCCCUCCAGUGUGGUGUAGUGGUUAAGAGCGGUAGUCUCGUAAUCUGGUGAACUGGGUUCGCGUCUCCGCUCCUCCACCUGCAGCUGCUGGGUGACCUUGGGCCAGUCACACUUCUCUGAAGUCUCUCAGCCCCACUAACCUCACAGACUGUUUGUUGUGGGGGAGGAAGGGAAAGGAGAAUGUUAGCCGCUUUGAGACUCCUUAAAAGGAGUGAAAGGCGGGAUAUCAAAUCCAAACUACUCUUCUUCUUCUUCUUCUUCUUCUUCUUCCUCCUCCUCCUCCGUGUGCCUCCUCCUCGAAAGGUCCGGAGGGUGGCAACACGAGAACGGGGCCUUCUCUGCAGUGGCUCCCCAUCUGUGGCAUGCUCUCCCCAGGGAAGUUCGCCUGGUGCCUUCACUAUACACCUUUAGGCGCCAGGCUAAAACAUUCCUUUUUAACCUGGGCUUUGGUUGGCCUGAUCAACUCCCCAUACCCUUUUAAAACGUGGCUCUUUAGAGGGGUGGCGCUAUUGUAUUUUUAUUUUAUAUAUUGUGAUUGAUUGAUUUUUUGAACCACCCUGAGACCUCCGGUAUAGGGCGGUUUAUAAAUUCAAUAAAUGAAUGAUUUUUUGUCCAUAAUACCUGAGAGAAAGGCAGGCUCUUUUCUGUCCCUUCCCGCAGAAACUGUGACAUUGCCUUAAGGAAUUAAACAUAUUAAUUCCAUAAGGGGAAGAUUUAAGGAUGUUAAUGUUUAAGUUAAACUUCAUAAGAAUUGGGAUUUGGAAAACCGUUAAAAGGACAUGCAAUGAAAUUCAACCAAGGGGAAGUCACUUAACAAAGUUAAUAAGUGUAAUUUUCAAUAAGGCUAUGAUUUAUGUUUGUUUGUCUUGUGUGUUUGUUUGUCUGUUUAUAAUAUUGUGAAAACCAGUAAAAAAAAAUUGGGGGGGGGGGGAAGAAACCGUGACAUUGCUGUCUGCUUUCCUCCCCCCGAGGCUACUCCGUCCGAACAGGCGUCCUCCACGAACCGCCGCAGGAGACCUUUCCAGAGGCGGAGGAAGUGGACCCGGGCAAGUCGCCGUCCGAGCCGUCGCCUGCUAAGCCCCCCAGGAAAGUCCUCCCAGACCGGGCUCGGGCCGCCCGGGACAAAGCCAACGAGCGCAUCGUCGAGUUCAUAGUGAAGUCCAAGGGGGCGGAUGACCACCUCCGCUCCAUCCUAAGGAGAAAGAAGCCGUCGCGCUGGCUCAGCGACUUUGUCGUCGCCCGGCCAUACCUGCCCUUCAUGGAGGUUUACCUGGAGGACGACCACCAACAGGAACUCGUUCUCAACUACUUGAGACGGGUUUACCAGGAGGCAGACCCCAAGGUGCUACCCGAAGUGAGGAGGGAUAGUAUCAAGUUCAUCUUGGACGUCUUGUUCCCCGAGGUAAAUCGCGGCCUUUUUUUAAGGAGUUGGGACACAAGGAGCUGCCUGAACUGGUGCUACCAGCACUGGUUGGCAGCUGCUCUCCGGGAUUUCACAGAUUCCCUGAAAAUGCUGCCACGGAUCAGACAUGGGAUCCUUUGUUGCUGUUGUUGUUUAGUCGUUUAGUCGUGUCCGCCUCUUUGUGACCGGCGGACCAGAGCACGCCAGGCCCUCCUGUCUUCCAGUGCCUCCCGCAGUUUGGUCAAACUCAUGCUGGUAGCUUCAAGAACACUGUCCCACCAUCUCAUUGUCUGUCGUCCCCUUCUCCUUGUGCCCUCCAUCUUUCCCAGCAUCAGGGUCUUUUCCAGGGAGCCUUCUCUUCUCAUGAGGUGGCCAAAGUCUUGGAGCCUCAGCUUCAGGAUCUGUCCUUCCAGUGAGCACUCAGGGCUGAUUUCCUUCAGAAUGGAGAGGUUUGAUCUUCUUGCAGUCCAUGGGACUCUCAAGAGUCUCCUCCAGCACCAGAAUUCAAAAGCAUCAAUAUGGGAUCCUUAGCACCACGCCACUAAGCUGCGGUUCUCCCCCUAAAGACGAACUAAGAUUCUAGCCCUGACGAUUUUGAAUAAGGUGCUGAUUUUACACAAGGUCAGUUAGAUCCUCGGUCAAUAUUGCCCACACUGGCUGGCAGCGGCUCUCCAGGGUCUCAGCCCUACCUGGAGAUCAAACUUUCUGCAUGCAAAAGGGGUGCUCUAACCACUGAGCCACGGCCCUUCCUUUGCAUUCCAGAACCCUUCCUCCUUGAAUGUGUCAAACAUAAAAAGGUAAAGGGACCCCUGACCAUUAGGUCCAGUCGUGGCUGACUCUGGGGUUGCGGCGCUCAUCUCGCUUUACUGGCCAAUGGAGCCGGGGCGUACAGCUUCCGGGUCAUGUGGCCAGCAGGACUAAGCCGCUUCUGGCAAACCAGAGCAGCGCACGGAAACACUGUUUACCUUCCCACCGGAGCGGUACUUAUUGAUCUACUUGCACUUUGAGGUGCUUUCGAACUGCUAGGUUGGCAGGAGCAGGGACCGAGCAACGGGAGUUCACCCCGUCACUGGGAUUCGAACCGCCGACCUUCUGAUCGGCAAGUCCUAGGCUCUGUGGUUUAACCCACAGCGCCGCCCGCGUCCCUGUGUCAAACAUACUUACAAAUUUUCUUCCUCUUCGCCCCCAGGCCAUCAUCUACGCCAUUUCAGCCGUGGACCAUAUCGACUACAAGAAAGCGGAAGAGAUAUACUUGAGAGGGCCUCUGGUGAGCCAAAGGUAACUCCUUCCGUCGCUUCUUAUCUAUAACGGCUUUGGGGAAACUUGCAAAAAAGGGCAAGAAUGCCCUAGUAUUGCUGAGUUCCCCCUCUAGUUGUGGUUGGCUUAAAAAAAAGGUAAAGGUAAAGGACCCCUAGAUGGUUAAGUCCAGUCAAAGGCGGCUAUGGGGUUGCGGCGCUCAUCUCGCUUUCAGGCCGAGGGAGCUGGCGUUUGUCCGCAGACAGCUUUCCAUGUCAUGUGGCCAGCGGGACUAAACCGCUUCUGGCGCAACAGGACACCGUGACGGAAACCAGAGCGCACGGAAACGCCGUUUACCUUUCCGCUGCAGCAGUACCUGUUUAUCUACUUGCACUUUGACAUGCUUUCGAACUGCUAGGUUGGCAGGAGCUGGGACAGAGCAAUGGGAGCUCACCCCUUCGCGGGGAUUCGAACUGCCGACCUUCCGAUCGGCAAGCCCAAGAGGCUCUGUGGUUUAGAUCACAGCGCCACCCUGCGUCCCCAGUUGGCUUAAUCAUAUACUCCAUGAGUUUCCCACAAAUGCAUCUGUGGUCAGAGCAAUUCAGGUAAAGAAACAGCAGCACCUCUGGCAUUUCCUCCCUGCGAGAAGCGAGGUUGCAGGGAACCAGACAGAGGGCCUUCUCGGUGGUGGCGCCCACCCUGUGGAAUGCCCACCCAUCAGAUGUCAAGGAAAUAAACAACUACCUGACUUUUAGAAGACCUCUGAAGGCAGCCCUGUUUAGGGAAGUUUUUGACGUCUUAUCGUGUUUUUAAUAUUCUGUUGGGAGCCGUCCAAAGUGGCUGGGGAUGCCCAGCCAGAUGGGCGGGGUACAAAUAAUAAAUUAUUUUAAAAAAUAAGAAAUUGUCCAGUAGCACCUUAGAGACCAACUAAGUUUGUUCCAGGUAUAAGCUUUCGUGUGCAUGCACACUUCUUCGGACGACUUCAUGCAUGCACACGAAAGCUGAUAUCCAGAACAAACGUACUUGGUCUCUAAGGUGCUACUGGACAAGUUCUUAUUUUUUUAAAUUUAUUUCGACUGUGUCAGACCAACACGGCUACCCACCUGAAUCUAAUAAAUUAUUAUAUCAUUCCAAACGUCCACGUCUUUAGCAAAAUUUAGUCUGCUGUUGCUGUGGUAUUGAAGACGAGCCUCCGUUAACUUCUCCACACAUUACUGUAUUAAUUUUUGAAUCCAUGAGCUUAGAUUUUGUUCUGUGUCCCCCGCCGCCCCCCUUUUCUGUCUCUUUAUCCUUCAGGGAAAGAGAAAUCUUCGAGGAAGAAAUCCUAGAAAAGAAGAGAAGGCGGAAUCUGCAGAACACGAGGCCUUCUCCGGAAGCCAGCCUGUGAAGCCUUUUCCCCUCGUCCCCAACAAGUUCUGCACCAGACUUGUGACAUGAAAUAGGAAGUGCGUAUUCUGUAUAGGACACGAGAGCCUUUAUUUUUAAAUAUAUAUGUGUGUGUGUGUAUCAAAUAUACUGUAAGAAGUACAUGUGAUACCAGAACCACGACAAUCCCGUCAGAGCAAACUGGACUAUUGUGGCAGUGAAACCCUCUCUCUCUCUCUGCCUUGAGAGCAGCCCAAAAAUAAAUAAUAUAUCGGUGUUUGUGACGCCCUUGGUGAUGGCUUGUGCAGGAACCGGUGGCGGUUUGAGAGAGGACUUACUCCCCUGGUGCCAACAAACCCAAUGUUUUGAACUACAACCCCAGGCUGAUGGGAGUUGUAGCGCAAAACAUUUUGAACGGAUGUCUGCCCUGCCAGCUCCUGCUCCUGGCGGACCUCCACGUCUCAGUUAACGCUGGAAGCAAAAAAUAAAUUAAAAAUGCGUGUGUUCAUUGUUCAUAGGAAACGCUUUUACCCCUCUCCCCUUUUAAAUGGCCUCCAGAGGCUUCUCUGGAUCCCAAAGAGGAAAAAACGUUGCUGUACAUUCCGCUGUCGUCGUCUAAAAUCCCGUUCGCCCUGCUUUUGGCAAAGGUUUCUAAAAGCUGGAGGGGCAUCAAAUUAGGGGCUUUUGCUUCCCCAGGAAUCACCUCUGUUAGGUUCACAGUCUUCCAUCCCCAAUCCCGUUAUGAAUUUUAAAACCCAGCCGGCGCAGUUGUUAUUAAUUUGAUGUGAGCUAAAACAGCCUUAAACCUUCUUCCACCCGUACCGAAUCGUUCCAUCCUUACUCCAUCUUUUAAGCUUCUUGUGCAAAAUUCUCUCUUUCUUUUAAUCAAACAAUAAAACUUCUCAAAACCA